AUGCUCGUAUCCCGCAUGCAAGGCCCGCACUUCCCGAAAGGCGACCAAGACGGAAAGCUAUCGAUUGUGGUCGACUCGCUUGACCCGAUCCUCGCUCUCUCGAAAUACCAGAGGACGAAGUCGGCCGCUCCUCGUCUUAGACUCUCGAAGAAGCUGCUGGCAAAGCAGCAAAGAAGUGACGAUGAAAGCGAGCCUGUCCGUGCGAUGUCUGCGAAGGAACGUGCCUUCUAUGCGAGCCCUUACUUGCGUAUGCUGUCGACUCCGCUGAGGCAAUGCUUUCUUACCAAACGCAUGCUACCCAGCGCGUUUCUUUUACGCUUCUAUCCGAUGCGUCUGCCCAAUCUUAGUUUUGGCAAGCCUGCUCAGCUUAUAGUUCCUGAUGGACUUGAGCAUCCUGAUUUCAAGCCUCGUAGGGCUGGCGCAGGAUACUACAUCGUGUUGAGAAAUGCUGCCCUUGAGCAGCUAUCUAAGAAAGGAGGGUACAAACGUCUCAGUAACAACGUGACCAUGCACUCCGAGUUUCCACGACAGAUCUCGCAUCUUUUAAGGCUGCGCGUGCUGCAAGAGAUACAUGUGCUUGCAGAACGUCUACGUUUCAGACGCGAAGGGGCAACAGAAUUUCCACUAAUUCGGCGGCUUACUCGCGCAGAAUACAAACAAGUGAGGUCGACCGGUAUCAUACCGUAUGAGAACGCUGUGGCCGUGCUAGUGGUUCCUCCAUUGAACAGGGAUCAACUAACCAAGAAAAGGCCGGAACCAUCAAUGUCCUCAGCGCCGCUGGAUCCACCAACCGUCGCAGAUUCGCCGCCGCAGUAUAGUCGACCUCUUCCGCCAUUGUCUGAGUUCCUCCGCACUGGGCCUGAGACAUUUGAAGAUGAUGACAGUCUCUCCUCCCUUAUCCCGCAAUCCAAGGUGCCCCUCUACAAUGGUCUUUCUCUUUUCCCUUCGCGGAACCAACGCGCCGCUUUGCACUCUGCGCUAUGCGACUUGUUAAAAAUCGAAUGGCAGCACAGGUUUCAAGAGAAUGCGCAGAAGGCGCGUGCGGCUCGGGUGAGCAUUCCACAUACGGGCACCCCGAGGAUCCCGCCAGAUGAACGAAAGAGAAAGACACCGUGGCCUCAUGGAGACGACAAGGGCAGCCACGCAUUCUUGCUUUGCUCUGACGAGAAGACGAUAAUGAGAGCAGACACGGUCCCUCUCGCGAUCGCACUCUGGAGGAUUCGGAUAUGGGAAGGCGCAGGAUGGGAGGGAGAUGCAGUUGGCGGUUGGGCAUCGUCCUGA